CCACCUCGGCCUCCCAAAGUGCUGGGAUUACAGGCGUGAGCCACCACGCCCAGCUGGAAAAACACUUUUUAUUUUUUGUCUACCUUUAUUGUAAGGAGAGAGUGAGAAUACCAUGCCACACAUGCAGGGUUCUGAGCAGAGGGCUACACCGUGCUUAGUUCUAAAGGCACCUACACUUUUAUCAUGAAAGCCAUGGAGAGGCCCACAUUUUGAAACACUCAGUCUCUCAGAAGAGGAUAGAAUGGGCUGCCAGUGUGAUAGGGAGAGAAAUUGAACAUAGCUGACUCCAUCUUGCUUCUGACUCCUCAAGCUAACUGCUCUUAGGCACUUCUGCACAUGGGCCAAGUUAAUCAUGGAAAGAACUUAGAUUACAGUUUAACUGGAAAGCAAGGAUGAUAAGAAUUCCUUUCCAAAACUAACCUCUGAGGAGAUAAGAAGGGCAUGCAUACAAGUAGCAAUGUUGUCUUGAAGAUUUGUAGGAGCACUGUGACCUGAGCAAGGACAAGGAAGUUUUGCAAUCUCCUUGGGCCCCUGCUGAUGCCCAAGUGUCUGUGGUCACCAGCCAACCCCCUCACCUCAGCCUCCUCCUUGUUCCCCCUUCUCAAUGUACAAAGAAGUUUGAGAUUCAUGCCUUUAAAAAUGGUUCCUUAGGACAUGGGUCCAGUAUCUUCCUGACUGGCUGGCUCUCCAAAUAAAGAUGCUUUUCUUUUUCUAACUUCUUGUCUCUCGAAUGAUUGGCUGUUAUGCAGCGAACCUCAGGAACUUUGGACUCCACAGCACUAGGACCACUCUCAGGACUUCCAGUCUGUACUGGGUGCAGGAAUCACUGGGGAGUCGGACUGAAAUGCAGGAAUCACUGGGGAGUCGGACUGAAAUGCGGGAAUCACUGGGGAGUCGGACUGAAAUGCGGGAAUCACUGGGGAGUCGGACUGAAAUGCGGGAAUCACUGGGGAGUCGGACUGAAAUGCGGGAAUCACUGGGGAGUCGGACUGAAAUGCGGGAAUCACUGGGGAGUCGGACUGAAAUGCGGGAAUCACUGGGGAGUCGGACUGAAAUGCGGGAAUCACUGGGGAGUCGGACUGAAAUGCGGGAAUCACUGGGGAGUCGGACUGAAAUGCGGAAAUCACUGGGGAGUCGGACUGAAAUGCGGGAAUCACUGGGGAGUCGGACUGAAAUGCGGGAAUCACUGGGGAGUCGGACUGAAAUGCAGACUCUGAUUAAGGAGGCCUGGGACACGAGGCCUGAGAUUCUGCAUCUCCAGUAAGCACCCAGGGGAUGUUGCUGCUGCUGAUCCAGGGACCACACCUUGGAGAGCAACGCUGAGAAGCUGGCGGAAGAGCCCCGGCUGAUGAGGAUCUGAACAUUGUCCGUAGCAGGGAGGCUGGGAAAAUGAGAUAAAAAUGUUAAAAAUGGCAGAGUCACCUUCCUGGAGAAGAAAUGGCUUUUCCAUUCCUUAUUACGCUCAUGUCUUUGCAACUAGCCCCCAGUGGUCUCCUUCCUGCUAUAUACCUGCAGUUACCGUGUUCUUGUUAAGGAAGAAUUGCAAAUG